AUGAGACCCUUCAAUCAGAUGGACAAUCACACCUAUGAUACAGAUUUCUACAUUACAGCAUUUUCACAUGUUUAUGGGAAACAUUUUCUGUUUAUUUUAUUUUUCUUGCUUUACUUGAUUUGUCUAUCAUGGAACAUUUUGAUAAUUGCUGUGACUAAUAUAGAUCCGCACCUACAAUCACCUAUGUAUUUCUUCCUGAGCAAUCUAUCCUUUGUAGAUGCCUCAUAUACAUCAGUCACUGUUCCAAAACUGAUGGAUAUUUUUAUUACUGGGAAUAUCAGAGUCUCGUUCACUGGUUGCUUUGUCCAAUUAUACUUUUUCACAUCCAUGGCUUGCACAGAAAUUCUACUGUUAACUGCAAUGGCCUAUGAUCGUUACGUUGCUAUAUGUAAACCGUUAUAUUACAUGCUUGUUAUGAGAAAGAUGAACUGUAUCUUACUUGUUACAGGCAGCUGGAUAUGUGGCUAUGGUAAUUCACUUUUUGUUACAAUUUUUGCAUCUUAUUUAUCUUUCUGUGGCCCAAAACAUAUUAACCAACUUUUCUGUGAUAUUAAAGUCCUAACUAAGAUAUCUUGUGGGGACACUAAAGAAUUUCAAACAAUGAUAUACAUAGAGGCCUUGAUCAUGGGUCUUUGUCCCUUUCUGCUCAUUCUAAUGUCCUAUUCCAAAAUAGUAGCCAACAUUUUAACAAUGCAUUCCACAGGAAAGAGACAAAAAGCUUUCUCCACCUGCACAGCCCACCUUAGUGUCCUUUUCAUGUUCUAUGGAACCCUUCUCUGCAUGUACAUGAGCCCACCUUCAGAAAACUCAGAAGACUUGGACCAAAUAUUUGCAGUGCUUUAUCUAGCAGUGACCCCCACAAUUAACCCCCUGAUAUACAGUCUAAGGAAUAAAGAUAUAAAGAUGGCUAUAAAGAAGACAAUGAUAUGGAUUCCUAGUAGGUUAUAA